AUGCCUUCUGAUGAGCAGCUUCUUCUGUUGGAUUUCUGGGUCAGUCCAUUUUCCACGAGGGUGAAAAUUGCACUAGCUGAGAAAGGGUUGUCGUAUGAAAUUCAAGAGGAAGACUUAUUAGGAGGGAAGAGUGAUUUGCUGUUCAAAUCAAACCCUCUUUAUGCUAAAGUUCCAGUGUUGCUUCACAAUGGGAAACCCGUCGUUGAAUCCACCAACAUUGUGCAUUAUAUCGACGAGACAUGGCCAUCGCCCCAAUUGCUCCCCGCUUGCUCUUAUGGAAGGUCUCGGGCUCGCUUUUGGGCUGAUUUCAUAGACAAGAAGGUGUUCGAUGCAGGCAGCAAUAUAUGGAGGAGCAAAGGGGAUGAGCUUGAGGCUGCCAAGAAUGACUUCAUUGAUAUUCUUAAGAAGCUGGAAGGAGCCAUGGGGGUUAAGGACUACUUUGGGGGCGACGAAUUUGGGUUUGUCGAUGUUAUUCUCAUUGGCCUAACGACUUGGUUUUAUGCAUACGAGAAAUAUGGAGGAUUCAAGAUUGAGAAAGAGUGUCCUAAAUUUGCAGCUUGGAUUAAUAGAUGCAAGGAGAGAGACAGUGUUGCCAAAAACUAUAUUGAUCCUCAAAAGGCCUACGAGUUUGUCGGCUUGUUAAGGGAGAUGCAUGGUGUUGAAUAG